AGCGCCUGGCACUGGUCCUGGCUGGCCUGCCAUGCUCUGCACCAGCCCAGCGGGCCCCGGUGGGCAUUUCCUGCCUCUUGCCCUUGCCUGGAGGACACCCGACCUGAGUCAAGUGCCUUCCCUCACCUACUGGGUGGAGGCCAGCAGGGGCUAAAGUACCCUCCCCCCUGCUGCUCUGGGCUCUGGAGCUCUCAGAGAGGCAGCCUCAAGACUGCCUGGAGCAGAGGGCCCUGACUUCACCCUGGGACCUGGAGCAGGCCCCGGUGGGCCGGGCACCCCUUUCCUGCUGCCUAAGGACCAGCCGGACUCUUGUUCCGACCAGCCCCAUUGGCCACUGCCUGCAGCCUACCUGCCUGGAGUGGCCCCAGGACAGAGCCUGGGGCAGGUGGGGCAGUGCCCAGCCCCGGGAGACCUGGUGGCAUGGCGUCCAGACCGCAGGCCCAGGGCCCCGGCCAGUGCCCAGCCCCGCUGGGAGCCCCGGCCAGCACCACGGACGGCGCCCAGGAAGCCCGAGUCCCCCUGGACGGGGCCUUCUGGAUUCCGAGGCCCCCAGCAGGCUCACCCAAGGGUUGCUUUGCCUGCGUGUCCAAGCCCCCGGCCCUGCAGGCUCCAGCAGCCCCGGCCCCUGAGCCCUCAGCAUCGCCCCCCAUGGCGCCCACCCUGUUCCCCAUGGAGUCCAAGAGCAGCAAGACGGACAGCGUGCGGGCCUCUGGAGCCCCCCAGGCCUGCAAGCACCUCGCUGAAAAGAAGACCAUGACGAACCCCACGACAGUCAUCGAGGUCUACCCAGACACCACCGAGGUCAACGAUUACUAUCUGUGGUCCAUCUUCAACUUUGUCUACCUCAACUUCUGCUGCCUGGGCUUCAUCGCACUGGCCUACUCCCUCAAAGUUCGGGACAAGAAGCUUCUCAAUGACCUGAAUGGAGCGGUGGAGGAUGCCAAGACAGCCCGGCUGUUCAACAUCACCAGCUCUGCCCUGGCAGCGUCCUGCAUCAUCCUUGUCCUCAUCUUCCUGCGGUACCCACUCACCGACUACUAAGACCCCACCGGGCACCGCCGGCCGUGGAGACAAAGCACUGAGACAUGUUCAUUUUCACGACUGUUGUGAUACGGGAUGCCGUGUGGGGCAGAGCAGGGCAUGUGCCCUGGAGUCCCCCCUGAAGCUGUGCACCGGGCAGCGAGGCCGUCAGAAGCUCCGUAUAGUACAGGGGCAGCGAGCUUCGGGCCGGCGCACCCUCUCUGCCUCCUGACCCUCUGCCUUUGCCUGUUUCUGGGGUCUGUGGGUGUCUCCCUGCGCUGCUGCACCCUGGCUUCCACUGGCUGCCCUCCCUGCCCUCCUGUGCUCCCCUCCCAGGCUCCUGGGGCCCCUCUGACCUGACACCCAGCAAGAAGGGCUUCUGUGGGAGCUUCCCAGUUUGGGGGGGCUGCCAGCAUCUGGGGACUCACUCUACCUUCCCUGACCCCAUCUCCUCCAAGCUGUGACCCUGCUCAGAGCUCUUGUAUCUGUGAACUUUCAAUAAAAUACCUGUCUGGCUCCAA